UCGCGUCUCCAUAAACCUUUUUAUCGUCGGGAAAUCGGUAGAGAGGGUUUCGAUUGAUUUUCCUUUCUAGCCGCCGUGACCUUUUCUCACGUUGCUCUCUGUAGCCGUCAAUUUCACUAUCUCCGACUUAUCUUCUGCCAAGUUCUGAACAAGAAUCAUGGAGGAGAUCACCAAACCUGUCCUUGUUGGAAUAAUUAAGAAAGAAGCUCCACAGCUAGCAUCCGUGUUGAGAGAUAUGAAGAAUGGUCUAGAUGGGGUUAGAAGCAAAGUUGAAGCUCUGACUGCAAUGGUAAGAGCAAACAGUUUUCCGACAGCGGAUGGGAUAAGUUAUCUUGAGGCCAAGCAUCUGUUACUUCUAAGUUAUUGCCAGGAUAUUGUAUAUUAUCUGCUAAGGAAAGCAAAAGGAUUAUCUAUUGAUGGCCAUCCUGUUGUAAGAAGCCUUGUAGAGAUACGAAUGUUUCUGGAAAAGAUUCGUCCCAUAGACAAAAAACUUCAGUACCAGAUUCAGAAGCUCACCACAGCCGGUGGGUCUGUGACAGAGCUAGCUCAAUCCGAUGGAAAGGGAUCGGGUGAUGCCCAAAAAUCUGAAGAUCUUUCAAAUUAUAAGCCUAAACCAGACUUACUUGCUGACAAAAAUGGGGAUGACCAAGAGGAUGAUGUUUAUCGACCCCCGAAAUUUGCUCCUAUGUCUAUGGAUGAUAAGACGUCAAAACAGGAAAGAGAUGCUGCCAGAAAAGAGAAACACUUAUUAAGAGAAGCCACUGGAAAUACAUACAUGAAAGAUGUGUUGGACGAUCUGGAGGACAGGCCUGAAGAGAUCAGGGACUAUUAUGGGGUUGCGAGCAAUGAGCAGAAGAGGUUUAUGGCACAGUAUGAAAGGCAACAACGGGCAGAAGAAGAGCUGUUUACCCGGGCACCUCGCAGUAAAGAGGAUAAGAAGAGAGAGAAGCGCUUGAAAUCAAGCAGCGGGUUGCUUGAACUGACCGAAGACUUUUACGAUGACAUCAAGUUCUUGGAUAAGGAUGGUGAAAAGCCAAGCUUUGGCCGUAAUAAAAGGGGAGGACAAUUCAAGAAAAGAAAGACAAGGCACUGAUAUGGAUACACCAGUGGUUCCUUUAGCUGCUUCAGUGCACCAAUUUUGUUGCCAAGAAAAAGAUCCAAAUUUUCGAUUUGCUUUUAUGAUCCUAGUUAAAUGUUGAAAGUGGUGAAAUGUGAGAACUCAGUUAUCAGUUUUAGUAUUGGUUCAUGGUCAUGCUCUUGCAGUAAAAUUCGGAAGAGACCUUUUCUCUUUAGCUAAA